GAGCUCCAAGUAGAACAUCAGAACAAAGAUGCGCGCCUUCAUCGUCCUGUGCCUCGUGGCAGUCGCCUGCGCCGAUAAGCUCGGCUACAACUACCGACCGGUGGGACACUCCAACGCCGGCCUCUCCUUUGCUCCUGGCAGCGGCAGCCUUAGCGGUGGAAGUAUCGGAGGAGGACUCCAAGGACUUGGAGGCAGCCUGGGAGGUGGCCUGGGAGGUGGCCUAGGAGGCGGCCUAGGAGGCGGCCUAGGAGGCGGCCUAGGAGGCGGCAGCAACUACGGCAGCCUGGACAGCGGUCUGAGCGGUGGCUCCAGCGACCUGUCUGGACUUGGUCUUGGAUCCUCCGAUCUGGGAUCCUCUGGUCUUGGCUACUCUGGUCUUGGCUCCUCCGGUCUGGGAUCUUCCGGUCUUGGCUACUCUGGUCUUGGCUCCUCCGGUCUGGGAUCUUCCGGUCUGGGAUCCUCCGGUCUGGGAUCUUCCGGCCUUGGCUCCUCCGGUCUUGGCGGCGGCGUCAGCUACAACGCCCCUGCUCCAUCUGCUGAACUCAACAAGGAAUUCUUCACCUUCUCCGCCAACGAGGAGGACUUCGAUGAGCCCCAGGCAUUGGAGCGCGUCUCCAGCUCUGUGAACAAGGGUCUGCGUGUCGUCUUCAUCAAGGGACCCGAGAACCGUGGCCUGGAGAACGCUGCUCUGGCUCUGGCCAAGCAGGCUGCCCAGCAGGAGACUGCCAUCUAUGUGCUGAACAAGCAGGCUGACAUCGGAGAUCUGGCCAGCAAGCUGAAUGCCAUUCGCAGCAACACCAACAACAAGCCCGAGGUGCACUUCGUCAAGUACCGCACCCCCGAGGACGCUGCCAACGCACAGCGCGCCAUCCAGUCUCAGUACGAUCAGUUGGGUGGAUCCUCUCAGGCCACCGAUGGUGGUGUUGCCCCAGCCCUGAACUUCGCCUCCGCUUCGAAGGUGCGUCAGCCCAAUGCCCAGAUCCCCGAGAACUCGUACCUGCCCUCGUCGGUGCUGCGUCGCCUGCGCUUCCGUUACUAGGAAGGCCACAGCCUCAGCCUCCGCCACAGCCCUGGCUCCAGCCUCUGGAGCUCUUCCAUCUGCCAUUUGUUAGCUCUUGUGUUAUCUAUUGAUUUGUCGAUCGACCCAAAUACAAUUAUAUUUUAAACCAAA